UCAGUCCAUCGGGUUCAAACAAUAUUUCAUCAAAAAAAUUAUCCAUGGCAAAGCGCACUGAAAUAGGUUUCCUUUAAUCAAACUGAACAUCUUUUUGAUUUGAUAAAUUUUCAACACGCAUAUAUGUAUUAAUUUGUAUACUUGCAUUUGAGAACAGGACUUCAACAAAAGCUGGUACAAUCUAUUUCACAAAGUACUUCUGUUGUAGCCAUUAUGAACAGCAUUCCACUGGAUGUAAAAAAUGACCAACUGGUUUCUUUUCUGCUGUUGAAUCGCCAUGUGUUCCGUGUGUAGGAGGUACAUUCGGUAAACGGUGUGCAGAUAUUUGUGCUUGUCAACCAAAUCAAAGAUGCAAUAACGUAUGGGGAUGCAUUCCAGUAACCAUGAUAACAGAUGACACACUAAAAGAGGGUGUUGAAAGCGAAUCAAUAACACUAUUGCCUGACAUUACAACACAGAACGACGAAAUAGAUAAAGCAAUGGAAACCACUACCACCAAUAUUGACUUUUCGUCAUCUAAAAGUAAAAAAACGUUAGAUGAUGAACAUUUCACAGAAAAAUGUCGCUCUAGUGUCAAGGUAGUUAUUUCUGCUUUCGUCGGUAUAUUAAUGGGCUUUGGUGUCGGCGUUAUUUUCAUGUUCUUCAAACAAUCUAUACAGAGAAAUAAACGACAAGAUCCAACGAUUGCGGAAACAAAUGCAUCAUUCGAAAUACAAGGAGAAACAGUUAAUGCCUAUGAAGAAAUUGAUGAUAUUACAUUUGUUUCGCAUGAUGCUAGCAUUUAUCAAAACGAAGAAAACAGUGACACGUCAAGUAAUUCCAUAAAUACAGAACAGAGAAGCGAAAACAAUAAUAAUACUAUUUAUCUAAAUCCUUACCAACCAAUUAUACCAACUACUAAACAUCAUCUGUAUAUGAUUACGGUAACUAGUGAAGAUAGUAGUAACACUGUCCAACUGGAUGCUGUACAUUCUCCAUCAUUUUGUGACGACGAUAAAACGGAUGAUUCGGGGAAGAGUGACUCCGGUUCUCGAAUUUCUCGACAGCUUAACUAUGUUGAACUGGACAUGAAUGCUACAAUGUCUGAAGACAACAAGGUGUCAGCCAAAUAUGUAAACACCCGUAUAUAUGCGAAUCAGGCGACUGAAAACAAAGCAUCGACACAGAAAACACAAUAUGCUGAAAUAGUGCAUACGGUAUAAGCGUUCCAAAUUAUUCUCAGUAUGAUGUUGUUGGUUAAUAUUCGUUUUUAUCAUAAUGCAACUUUUUUAUGCAGGUUGUCUUAGUAUACGUUUAAGUUUGCAGAUUUUAUACACUGAUGCAAAUCGCGAGGUUUCAAGUAUCAUGUUCUUUCUUAAAGCAAUGUUUUGUCACCCAAUUUUUGCUUACCUGUAGUUUAAAUGAAAUUUGACAUAUAGAAGCUACACAAAUUUGUUUAAAUGCAAAUGUUAAUUCAUUAUUUCCCUCAAAGUACAUAAAUCACAAAUCACAAUAUUGCAGUAAUUUUAAUAUCAAUUUUGUUUAUAGUUUUGUCUCCGGUCUUACCGAAGAGACAGUCUUUGUCGAAAUGAGCACCUGGUUCAAUAAUAUUAUUAUAAACAAUUAGGGAGUAAUUUUUAUUUGUAUUGCUAUGAAAGGAGGUUUAUUUUUCGUCAAAAUCUGAAAACGUUUUGACUUAGCGCCAGUUGGAAAAUGAAGGAAUGGUUCACUAUAAUUUAGAAAUUUUGAAAAAGGAAAUAUAUUUGAAAUAUAAUAUCAAAUAAGAAGCUUAUUUUCUCUUUUUUAAAACAUCUGCAGAAAUUCACAUAUGCAAUAAAUUUCAUGUUUAUGAUAAAUUUGGAUACCAAACACAGGAACACAUGAAUUACAUAACAUUUAAACGAUCACUAGAUCGCUCAAUUAAUGCUAAAAAUUUUAUAUAAGAAAUACCCAAAAUACCAAAUAUUAUAAGACAUAAUUUUGGGAUUCCUACAGAGCAGGAAAGACACUCGUGCAUUUGAUACGCUUUUUUAAAACCUACGGCACACCUGACUAUCAUUACUGCAAGAUUGUGUACAAAUGCAAGAAAGAACAAUUUAAUAAGUUAUGGAGAUUGGCGCGGUUAUUAUGAAAAGAACACGGUAGCUAGCAACAAUGCCUAUCACUGUACAUGUUAUAUCAGUACAUGAAAUACAACCUAGAUGCUAGGUUCUCGUAUUGCCAUAUAUUAAGUUAACAUUAAUUCAUCAAAUAAAUACUGCUCAAGAUACUGCAUGUCAUGAGAAU